AUGUCUCCAUCAACAUCAACGCCAACGCCAUCAGCUCUGCUCAAGGCAUCAAAGACGCCUCACUCCCGCCAACCAUCUUCCGCAGCCGGGCAGACACGAGAUCAGUCGUCGAAGGCGCCAUCACCAAAACCGCCACCAACGCCAACGCAGCCGAAUGUACAUUACACGUGCCUUAUCCGACUACCUUUCCCGCGUGGCAACUUCGAGGAUCCGCCACCUGUAGAAUGGGAUGCGGUCAAGGACCAGGCGUUGUGGAAGCUGAUUUCGAAAGCGCCCAAUUCUAAGGACCUGAAGUGGGAGGAGAUAGCGGUCCGCUUCAAUGUUGACCUUCCGUUUCUCUUACAACAAGCAGCAUGGCUGUACGAACGACAUUUCGACAGCAUGCGAAAGCAGAUGCAGAAGCUGGGUGUCACGCACGCCCCUGGCUCGGUGCCACAAGAAAGCGCCACCAGCUCGGGCACCGCAGCGCAGACGCUUCCGUUAGGUGGCGUCGGAGGCGUUGCUAUGCAGAGGCAGGGCAGCAGAGAGUCCAAAGUACCGUCAGUGAUCAGCACAUCGAAGCUCCAGCCAAGCCAGGGCGGCGACGGAAGCUCUCCCGGAACGCCACGCUCAGUCAAGCCGCCCAUAUCACGGACACCGUCAACGACUACAGUAACGCAAAGCAGAAUCCUUGCAGGUAGCGGUAGGCAACCGCUACAGCGAGCAUUCAGAACCUCUGGCAGCUCGCAAAGACGGCCGAUUGCGCCACUACUUCCAGCGGAUGGAGCUCUUGACGACGAGCACGUGCUCGGUCACGACGGACCGUCUGCAUCUGAUUCAGAGGAGGAACCCUCUAUGGCUCGCAGUCAGGCUUACAGACGAGCGCCCCUGGGGAAGAAGCCUGCUCUGCGGACUCUGAGCUCAGACGGAGACGCCGAAGAUGAUGAUGAAGAAGACUCAUCAGGCGGUUACCUUCCCUUCGCCGCGGGACCCGCGAAGCCAACUGCAAUGCAAGACCCAAUGGCAACAAUCAGAAACUCGCCGAAGCGCCAGACUGCUAUAUCGCCGCCAACAAGUACAACUACCCGCAAACCGAAGCCAGAAGCGCCGCCGCCCGACUCCUCCACUUCCUCUGCGUCAUCCGCGCAGCCACCGCCCUCAAUCUCGAGCGAGCCUGCGUCCAGCGAAGCUGUAUCUACACAAUCAAACCAACGGUCCGGUCAUGGGCCCAUCAGUUCGAGACACCGCGCGCAGCUCGCUAACGCCAGCCUCAGUCCUCGGUACAGGAAGGAUGGCAGUGACGGUUCGCCUAGUAUGGGCAGCAGCUUCAGCGAUCUGGACGAUGCGAGUGUCACACAGAGUGCACUGGAAGACGCACUGCUGAGUAAUAUGCAGCGGGGUGGCAUGAGCAUUGCGAGCCGCAUGCGGGACGCUUGGAGACAAGGGUAA